AUGAGCGAUGGAGGUAAAGUGGAGAGUAAGAUAGGGAAAGAGAGUCCAAUUACUCGAGCUGGUGAAAAUGACUUCGGCCGAGCAAUAUCGAAAAUUGCAGUGGCACAGAUAUGCGAGAAUGUUGGGUUUGAUAGCUUUAAUGAGUCAGCACUUGAUUCUCUUGCUGACUUGGCAAUCCGUUACCUCCUUGACCUAGGGAAAACUGCCAAAUUUUAUUCAAAUUUAGCUGGUAGGACUGAAAGUAAUGUGUUUGAUAUAAUUCAGGGGUUAGAUGAUUUGGGCAUGUCGUCAGGGUUUUCAGGUGCUUCAGAGGUUGAAGUUAAUUGUGCAAUUAGUUCGGGUUUUGUAACAGAGAUUAGAGGAUAUGUGGAGUCAGCUGAUGAAACACCCUUUGCGCAGCCAGUUCCACAUUUUCCGGUGGCCAGACAAUGGAGAUUGAUACCAAGUUUCUUGCAGAUGGGCGAGACACCUGGCUUUAAACAUAUUCCAGAGUGGUUACCUGCAUUUCCUGAUCCCCACACUUAUAUACACUCAGCCAUGUGGAAUGAAAGGGUUUCCGAUCCUCGCACAGACAAGAUUGAGCUAGCAAGGCAGCAUAGAAAGGCAGAGCGGGCUUUGUUGAGCUUGCAACAGAGACUUGUGUGUAAUGGGCUGCCAAUGGCUUCAACAUCUGCUGAACCAGAUGAUGAUUGGAAUGGGUUGGAAGUUAAUGAUAUUAAGAACCAAGUUUUGGCUAAUCCUCUAGAAGAUGAAGAGCAAGACGAGUCUCCUGCUAUUCUGUCUGGUAAGCUCUCUGGUGAAGCAAAGAUGGAAAAUCAUGUUUCUUUGCUGGAGACGUUUGCUCCUGCUAUUGAGGCAAUGAAGGAUGGGCUUUCUGAUUCUGGAAAUGAUGGAGAGAAGAAUUUUUUGAGUAAGAGGAGGCCUGCUAAGAUUUCUGGUGAGGCGCACACGGAAAAACAUGUUUCUUUUCUGGAGACAUUUGCUCCUGCAAUUGAGGCAAUGAAGGAUGGACUUUCUGAUUCUGGAAGCUAUGGAGAGAAGAGUUUCCCUGGCAAGAGGCCUGCUGUUUGUUUGGAGUUCAAGGGAUGUAAAAAGGUUUUUGGUGAAUCAUUGGAUUUGAGGAUCCGGAACAAGAAUUUUGGUAGAACAGCACCCUGGUUUGGACGCGAGGACGAGAAGGAUGACAAGAAGAGGAGGGUUGAGUUUAUACUGAGACAAUCCAUGGAAAAUCAACAGGAGCUGACUUAG